AAAACUCGUAGUCGGCCUUGCAUCGCCUGAUCCAUAUAACUACACCACAUCAAUUCAUGAAGCUAGAUUCCCAAACAGCAUAUACUGGUCGAGCGGAGAUUGCGUAUCUGGCUUAGGAUAGGGGACUGGAGGCGGCAUGAGGCCCAAAGUACUGCUCCUUGGCCGAGUCGAACAUGCUACUGAAUCGUGGAAUUCACUGUCACCUCUCGCCGAACUUGUGGAGCCGCGGGCCCGCAAUCGUACCGAUUUCAUCGAUGAGUGUAGAAAGGGAACAUUGGAUGAUGUUCUGGUCAUAUACAGAACCUUCGAAAGCGUGGAUAUGACCGGACGAUUGGAUGAGGAGCUAGUCACAGCUCUACCAGCGAGUGUCAAAUUCAUAUGCCACAAUGGUGCCGGGUACGAUCAGAUCGACGUUCACGCGUGUUCCAAUCGAGGCGUGAAGGUAUCCAACACACCUGACGCCGUAAAUGACUCUACAGCCGAUACCGCCAUGUUCCUCAUCCUUGGAGCACUUCGAAGACUGAAUGUACCAAUGACGACGCUGCGUGAAGGCAAUUGGCGAGGACACCCUCCGCCUCCACUGGGCCAUGAUCCACAGGGAAAGACGCUCGGCAUCCUAGGACUAGGGGGUAUCGGGCGGAAUUUGAAGAGCAAAGCUGAAGCGUUUGGAAUGCGGAUAAUCUACCACAACCGCAAGGAGCUCAGUGAGCCUCUGGCUGGGGGUGCUGAGUACGCGACGUUUGAAAGCCUGUUAGCUCGGAGCGACAUCAUCAGCAUCAACAUUCCUCUCAAUGCAGACACGAGACAUAUGUUGUCGACCCGGGAGUUCGAACAGAUGAAACAUGGUGUGGUUCUGGUCAAUACUGCUCGAGGGGCUGUCAUAGAUGAAGGAGCACUGGUAGAAGCGUUAGACAGCGGCAAGGUAUCUUCCGUAGGGUUGGAUGUGUACGAGGCAGAGCCGGAUAUUCAUCCCGGUUUGAAAGCGAACCCAAACGUCAUGUUAUUGCCGCACAUGGGUACAUGGAGUGUAGAGACACAGACAGCGAUGGAGGAAAAAACUAUCGCAAACGUGCGCAGCGCACUGGAAAAGGGCUCACUGAGGGAUGUUGUACCUGAGCAAGCAUGCUGCGAAAUUCAAUUGGCAAGAGGCAAGCGAUCAGAGACUGGCUAUGUUGUGCCUCUGACAUGCUGCUAGCUCUCGCUGGAGUUGCAAACCCAUUCGCAUGGCUUUAGCUGAGUGAUCGCUAGUUGCCCAUUGGCACAAUGCAUGAACACAACACACAUUGGGAGCAUGCAGUAUUGACUUGCGUGGAGCUCUCACGUCGGUGUCGGUAAGAAGGAUACAACGAUAGCUAUCGUCCUGCACCAUCCAUCCGGCGCAACUGCCUAACGCG